AUGCGUCGGAGAACCGAUGAACUCGGACUGCGCGUUGUCAAGGGAUGUGGUGCUCCGUUAACACCCGCAGCAGUCAGCGCAAAGUCGGGGAACCGGAAGGCUUGCGUAGAGCUUUCUAGUUGUGAUUCUGCUCCUCUUCGCUUCGCGCUGUUGGACGCAGCGCUAUGCUGGAAUUUGAAACACUUGAGACCCCGCCGACUCAUGAGAACAUGGUGGAAAGGUGCGAUGAAGAACAGGGAUGAGAACCUGGUUUGUACGCUUGCUUGUCUGCCUGCCGUAGACCUGAACCAGCCAACUGUGUGGGACUUCAUUAUAAGUCGAGAAAUAGAAAAUUGCUACCAAACGGAAGAUUCGACGGAAAUAUGGGUGCAGUACAGAGAACGAGUCGGGAGCGAGAGGAGAUGGAUGAUUGACAGUGCGUCUAGUGAAUGAAGCGAAGCGUGUGAAAAUUCUGGGAUCUUGAGGGGGGAAAUGCAGAUUGAGAAGCCAUCAGUGGGUUCGAUUUUGUCUUUG